GCGCGUGGCGCCGCCGCCGAGCCCGCCGAGUCCACCGCCGCCGCCGCCGAGCCCGCCACCGCCGCGUCCGAUACCGCCGCCGCCGAGCCCACCGCCGCCGCCGAGUCCGCCGCCGCCGCCAAAGGUUGAUUGCGAAGGCUCGCACGGCGACCGCGCGACGGGUCUGUAUCAGCAAUACAACGAGAGGUGCACCGAUGAUGAGGGCGUGCCGGCGAACUGCGUCGGUGAGCGCGGAUGUCAGUUCUGUCACCUCGCGGAGACGCCCGCGGCGAAGAGUGGGUCGACGGAAAAGUGCACCGCGUGGGUCUGCUCGAAGUACGACGUCACCGGUUGCCUCGGCGUGGCAAAGCGAAGUGUGAAGAAGCACUACGACAUCGGCGACUGUAAGAACGACGUGGGCAAUCGUAACGUCGGCAGACACGUGUUCCGAGAUUGGGACUGCGCGAACGACGAAGGUGUGCCGAGCGCGUGUCAGAAACCGGGAGAGACGCCGUGUAGACUUUGCCUGUUGAAAUCCGCCGAGUCGAAACUUGAGGGAUGGCCGCAUUGUCCGGAAGCGGUGUGCCACUUUAUGAACAUCGACGAAGAAGAGUGUCCAGGGAUCGACUACGUGCCAAAGAUCAGUAAGAAACGCCAUCAUCACAAGAAGAGCGAGGAAGAGGAAGAGGAAGAGGAGCCGAAAUCGAAGAAAUCAAAAAAGGUCGCGGAGGACGACGAUGCAGACGCAGAAGAGGAAACCUCGUCGAAGAAACAUUCAAAGAAGCACUCGACAAAAUCGAGCGACGACGAAGACGACGAUACCGCUGAGUUGGGGAAGAAAACGAAGCAUCAUCAUUCGCACAAACACAAGAAAGCGGAGGAAGUCGACGACGCAGAGGAUGAAGACGAUGAAUAA